AUGAAUUGAAACAAACGUUUUUUUUAAAUCCGAUAUAAGACAAAAACAAGAUAUUGUGUUUGCAUCAUCUCGAUGUUUUACUGUGCGUAUUUUUCUACGUGUGACUUUUUAAAUGUGAUUUUGUUUGGAUUCAAACAAUAUAUCCUCCUUUUAGUGCAUAAUUUUUACAGAAAAAGUCAUUACAUUUCCAAUAGUGCACAAACAGCACGCAUGUGAUAAUUAUUUCCAGAGAUCUCUGGAUAAUGGAAAAGAGUGCCAGUACCGUUCGAUCAGUUUCUUGCGACGUCUGUCAACGUCGAUCUAUUUCAAAACCUGCCACGAAAUGGUGCCCUCACUGUGAGGAUGGGCUUUGUACAGAUUGUCAUGAACACCAUGGUGCCUCUAGGUCAACUGCUAACCACCAUGUUAUUCAGAUCGAGGACUAUCAUCAGUUCCCGUCAUAUGUUGCGUCUGUGAAACACCGAUGCGACAUUCAUAAACUUGAGUAUGAAUUCUACUGUACAUCACACGCCCUACCAUGUUGUGUUGAUUGUACAAAAGAUGUUCAUUCUUCGUGUAUGGAAUUAAAACCUCUCCAUGAUGUUGUCAAGAAUGUCAAAUCGUCAAACCAUCUGCAUGAAAUAGAGAGAAAUCUGUCUAAUAUUGUUGAUAACAUUGUUAAACUGACAAAAGAAAGAGAAGAAAAUUUAUCAAAACUCGAAGUACAAGAAACAAAACAUGUUGAAACAAUAAAACAUAUGCGCGAAAUAAUAAACGAUCAUUUAGAUAAAAUUGAAGGAACCGUUUUGGAAGACUUGAGACGAACUCAUGACGCAUCGAAAGUUCAAAUUGAAAACCUUAUCGAUAAAUUGAAUGAAAGAAAAAUUAAAGCAAAUUCUAUUCAAGAAGAAAUAAGUUUGAUGAAAGAAGCUGCGAGUAACCUUCAAAAUUUUAUUGGAAUGAGAGAUUUAGAGAAAAAAGUUAACGAAGAAGGCAAAACAUUGGUAAUUUUGCAAGAAGACGAAAAUUUUUACAACUCAGAUAUUCAUUUAAACUACUCAGAAAUUUUGUCUUCUUUUACAGAUAAAGUUUCAGUGUUUGGUGACGUACUCGUCCAGACAAGUCCAAGAAAUUUAAGCCUCAUUUUAGGGAAGAGGAUACAAUCGCAAAUUGUGUUGCCAAAAGUUGCAGGAAUUGAAAAAAUUAAGAUGAGGCUCCAGCAGAGAAUAAAAUUGAAGAAUAGCAAAGGGUUUGAUAUCUCUAGUUGUGAAAUAUUAGAUAAUGGGAAAUUAUUAUUUUUAGAUUGGAAACAUGAACGUUUACUUACCUGCAACAGUGAUGGCAGCGAAAGUCGCGUUGUUGCUGAUUUCCCGGGGAAUGGUCCGUUCGAUAUUACAUGUAUUUCAGACGAUAAGAUUGUUGUAUCAGCACGAACAUCUAAGAUAAUCAUUUUAAUUGAAUAUGCUACAGGGAAAAUAAUAAAGAAGAUAAAUGUAAAUGGUGAGUGCUUUGGAAUUGACCAUAAAGAUGGCAAGAUUCUAGUUAGACUUGUUAAUAGCGGGAUAUUUCUUCUCAUUGAUGUAGCAGGUAAAAUUAUUUCCCGGGUUCGAUUUCCCGGCGAUCGCUUGCGCUAUUUAACAUGGUAUAUGGACAAACUUUAUUGUACCGUUACCGGACAGAAUACAGUAAUUUGCAUGAACAUGAAAGGGUCUGAAAUCUGGACUUAUCGAAAUGUUUUACUACGUGAACCGUUUGGAAUAGCUACAGACACAAAUGGGUUCGUAUACGUAGCCGGAAGAGCUUCAAACAACGUGGUACUUAUUGCCCCUGAUGGAAGAAGCAGUCGUGUUAUUCUUAGUGGCAGGGACGGAAUCAACAAACCUCAAGCGCUUUACAUUAGCAAAUUUCGACGACAGCUUUUAGUAUGUGACAAAUAUGAUGGGUCAUCUUAUCUGUUUGACUUUUGAAUAACCAGUGAAGUGAGUACCGUUUGCUGGUACGCCAAAUUUUAUGUUUAUAUAACUGGCUAUUCAACCGGUGAUCCCAUCUUCCUUAGGCAUUGUUACAUUUCAUUAAGGAAUUGUGUGAUUUUUAAACCUUCCGAAAAUGUCCGGAUUUUUAUUUUGCUGGAUAACAUCCAAUGAUGCUAUUCCUAUAUUUGUCUGCAAGGUCUGCUGUCGAAAUAUAGAAAACUUAAAUUUGAGUUUAAAAGAAAUCUACACUUAUUGAAAUCGACGUCAUAAGACGGACGAAACAGACAAUUAUAAUCUUAGGUAUUUACUAUACCAUACUAGAUAUACCAAACAUACUCAAAAUGUUGACUGACCAGUAUACCAAAUACAAAUUGGACUAUACUUCAAAACUAUAUAAAUCUAAAAAAUAACUCAACUAAUAUAUUUUGCAUUUGCCGUGCGGACGAACUAGCCGGCAUUUAAUAUGAUAUAAUCUGACAUUAUGUGACGAUACAUAUUUAUACAAUACAUCAAUAGAAAAUGAUAAAUUAGACUAACAGA